CUACUGAUGUGCUGCGUUGUGUGCAUUCACUGGACUCUUUUUUUAUUUUGAAGAUGAAUGCUCUCGCCGCCACCAAUCGCAACUUCCGCAAAGCUGCGCGCAUUCUCGGUAUCGACUCCAAGAUUGAGAAGAGUCUCAUGAUCCCCUUCAGAGAGAUUAAGGUGGAGUGCACGAUUCCGAAAGACGAUGGGACCCUGGUUUCCUACGUUGGAUUCAGAGUGCAGCAUGAUAAUUCCCGUGGCCCCAUGAAAGGAGGCAUCCGUUAUCAUCCAGAGGUUGAACCUGAUGAAGUAAAUGCUCUUGCUCAAUUGAUGACGUGGAAGACUGCUGUCGCCGAUAUUCCAUACGGUGGUGCUAAAGGUGGAAUAGGAUGCUCACCAAAAGAUUUAAGUUUUAGUGAGUUAGAACGUCUUACACGUGUCUUCACACAGAAGAUACAUGACCUUAUUGGGGUCAAUACUGACGUCCCAGCCCCGGAUAUGGGCACUAAUGCUCAGACUAUGGCUUGGAUUUUGGACGAGUACUCAAAAUUCCAUGGUUAUUCACCUGCAGUCGUUACGGGAAAACCAAUUGAUCUUGGUGGUUCACUGGGUAGAGAUGCAGCAACUGGGCGUGGAGUUGUUUACGCCACUGAAGCUUUACUUGCUGAACAUGGAAAGUCCGUUAAGGGAUUGACUUUUGCUAUUCAGGGUUUUGGCAAUGUUGGAUCAUGGGCUGCAAAGCUCUUCCAUGAAAGAGGUGGAAAGGUUGUUGCAGUGAGUGAUAUCACUGGAGCAGUGAGAAAUCCUAAUGGUAUUGACAUACAUGCAUUGCUUAAGCAUAAGGAGGCAACAGGAAAGCUAGCCGAUUUCAGUGGUGCUGACGUGAUGGACUCAAAUGAUUUGCUAACUCAGGAAUGUGAUGUUCUCGUACCAUGUGCUCUAGGCGGAGUUUUAAACAGAGAAAAUGCGGGCGAUGUCAGAGCCAAGUUUGUCAUAGAGGCUGCUAAUCAUCCAACUGAUCCAGAUGCCGAUGAGAUUUUAUCAAAAAAGGGAGUAGUAAUUCUUCCCGAUAUAUAUGCAAAUGCAGGAGGAGUGACCGUUAGUUAUUUUGAGUGGGUGCAGAACAUUCAAGGGUUUAUGUGGGAUGAGGAUAAGGUGAAUGCAGAACUUAAGAGAUACAUGACAAAGGCCUUCCACAACAUCAAGGGCAUGUGCCAGUCGCACGAUUGCAACCUUCGGAUGGGUGCAUUUACAUUGGGGGUCAACCGUGUUGCUCGUGCUACUCUACUGAGGGGUUGGGAAGCUUAACAUCCUUGUGCACAUCAUAUAUUUGUCUCAACUGCUGCUUCAAAGAUCAAGACAAAGCUGUUUGAAAAUUUUCUUUGUUUCGUUAAUCGUCUGCAAGGCUGAGAAGACACCUAUUGUUUCAAAGAAACGGCCUCAAUUUUUUCUUAAUUUCCGAACUACAGUUGCCUAUUGAACUAUGUGAUGUGAACUUGCAGAAAGAAACGAAGGUGGUAGUUGAGUAUCAACUCAUUCUCACCUCCAAAUUCUUGCAAAUAUCACAUGAAUUUAUGAGAUCUCAUUCCGAACUGUUCCAGUUCCGGAAUUUAGAAAA